AUGAACGUGGAUCUGGAAUCGUUGGCCGAAGCCACUUCUGGAGCUAUAGGAUCAUUGCUCAGUUCAACAAUUCUCUACCCACUUGAUACCUGCAAGACUAAGUAUCAAGCCGAGGCACGUUCUCAUGGUAAUCGAAAGUACAAGAAUCUCUCUGACGUGUUAUGGGAAGCAAUAUCUAACCGUCAGGUGCUUUCCCUUUACCAAGGCCUUGGAACAAAGAAUCUUCAAUCCUUCAUUUCACAGUUUAUCUACUUCUAUGGCUACAGUUACUUUAAAAGGCUGUACCUGGAAAAAAGUGGAUAUAAAUCCAUUGGAACAAGAGCAAACUUGUUAAUUGCUGCUGCUGCUGGGGCUGUCACAGCCAUUACAACUCAGCCCCUGGAUACAGCCUCUUCAAGGAUGCAGACAAGUGCCUUUGGAAAGUCUAAAGGACUAUUGAAAACCCUUACAGAAGGCUCAUGGAGUGAUAUAUUUGAUGGCCUUAGCAUUUCCUUGCUUCUGACUUCAAAUCCUGCAAUUCAGUAUACAGUGUUUGAUCAGCUGAAACAACGGGUACUGACAAAUAAACAUAACACCGCUGAGAAAGGAGUAUCUCCAGCAUCACUGUCUGCGUUUAUGGCCUUUCUUUUAGGUGCAAUUUCGAAAAGUAUUGCUACCUGUCUAACAUAUCCUGCCAUCAGGUGCAAAGUCAUCAUUCAAGCUGCCGAAGCGGAUGAAGAAACUUCUGGAAAAAAGAUUAAAUCACCGAAAACUGUGUCUAGCGUUCUCUACGGAAUAUGGCAAAGGGAGGGCAUUUUGGGCUAUUUUAAAGGAUUACAUGCUCAGAUAUUGAAAACUGUUUUGAGCUCGGCACUGCUCUUGAUGAUCAAGGAAAAGAUCUCUGCCACUACCUGGGUCCUUAUUCUUGCAAUUAAAAGGUAUAUCUUACUCCCAAAGGGCAGGGUUAAGAACUUGUAA